UUCCGGGUCAGAGGGGAGGACAGCCUUGGUGCGCGGCGCCCGGAAUGGCGGCGGCCUGGGACUGACACAGAGAGGACAAGGCCCCGGAGAGCGGGCGGAGGAGCAGGACCGCGCUUCAAUACCAGAGCCGCCGCCUCGGCAAGGAUGGCUCUCAACAAAUCUAUGCAUCCAAGGAACAGAUACAAAGAUAAGCCUCCGGAUUUUGCAUACUUGGCUUCAAAAUACCUGGAAUUCAAGCAACACAUACAUACAAACUUGGCUGGAAAAGUCAGUUUAAAUUUUAAAGACCCCGAGGCAGUCAGAGCUCUGACUUGCACUUUACUAAAGGAGGAUUUUGAACUGACCAUCGAUAUUCCGUUGGAGAGAUUGAUCCCAACUGUCCCUUUACGGCUCAACUACAUACACUGGGUGGAAGACCUGAUUGGCAGUGACUCUGACAAAGACAAACUCAUCCGAGGAAUUGACAUUGGCACUGGGGCCUCCUGCAUCUACCCUUUACUUGGGGCCACUAUGAAUGGCUGGUUCUUCCUUGCCACUGAGGUGGACGAUAUGUGCUUCAAUUAUGCAACGAAAAAUGUGGAGCAGAAUAAUCUUUCUGAACUCAUUAAAGUGGUGAAGGUACCCCAGAAAACGCUCUUGAUGGAUGCCCUGAAAGAGGAAUCUGAGAUUGUUUACGAUUUCUGCAUGUGUAACCCUCCAUUCUUCGCAAAUCAGUUAGAAGCCAAGGGUGAAAACUCUCGGAAUCCCAGCCGCCCGCCCCCCAGUUCUGUAAACACAGGUGGAAUUACUGAAAUUAUGGCUGAGGGAGGUGAACUGGAGUUUGUGAAAAUAAUCAUCCACGAUAGCCUUCAGCUGAAAAAGAGACUGAGAUGGUACAGUUGUAUGUUGGGGAAGAAGUGCAGUCUGGCUCCACUGAAAGAAGAACUUCGACAGCAAGGGGUCCCUAAAGUCACCCACACUGAAUUCUGCCAAGGACGAACUAUGAGAUGGGCUCUGGCCUGGAGUUUUUACGAUGAUGUAACCAUGCCUUCUCCUCCAUCCAAGAAAAGGAAACUGGAGAAACCUCGGAAGCCCAUCAUCUUCACGGUGUUGGAAUCUACAAUCAUGGAACUGGGAAAUAAAGUCAGGAGCUCUGAGUCGGUGACUACAGAAGGCAUUGAGGUGGUAGCUACAGGAAUAGAGAAAAUUCUCACAAAUCUGAAGGUGCUUUAUAAGCAUGUCCCUUGUGGUAAAGAUGAAGUAAGUUUAUUUCUAACAGCAAUAGAGAAUUCUUGGAUUCACAUCCGUCGGAAGAAGAGGGACAGAACAAGACAGCUUCGGGAACUGCCCAGAGCCCGGACAGAUCUGCCACAGCCCACUGAAACGGACAAUACAGCAGAAAAGGACCCCACCAUUAAUAAUACUGCUUGUCAUAGGGUUUCUGAAGAGUCUGAUUGCCCCAUGGCGAGCAGUGCUGUUGCAGUACAAAUGGUGGUCAGUGUCGAAGAGGAGCUCUCGACUCCCAAUGGCAAUAGCUCACUGAAUAUGUUGCAUCCGGUUCAAGAGAGCAAUAUGGAGACUGAGGAAAAGGAGAGCGAGAGUUGCUUACAGGUUGAAAACAGUUCUGCUGGCUGUAAAAUGGAUGAAGCGGGUAGCCAGGAAACCGUCCGUUCAGUGAACAAGGAAGCAGCAAAUUCGGAAGUGCAAGACACUCCCAAACGGAGGAGAGGUUAUUUCUUGUUCAAAUGUCUGAUGAAUGUGAAGAAAGAUGGAAAGAAUGCUCAUGUAGAAAUGCAUUGGGUCGAGGGAGAGAACAGGGAUUUAAUGAACCAGCUCUCUACCUAUCUGAAGAACCAGAUUUUCAAGAUGGCUUAUUAGUCGAAAGAACAGUUUUAUAUUCCUACUAACAGACGCUUCAUCUUCAACGUUUACUGUUACUUUUUCACCGUUUUCCGUAUUUUAAAUUGUUUAGCUGAGC